CCAUUCCCUCCAGCACAGCAUUUCUUCAAAUCUAAGAACCUGAUUGAAAAGAGUGAGGUGUUUCAACUGAUUCAACUACUACCAAAAGGCAAUCUUGUUUGCAUUUAAUUCAGUGAUGGAUCAGCACAUCCAAUUUCUGGGAAGGUUGUGUCGGUUAUGUGGUAAAAGAUGUAUGUCAUCAGUAAGAUGCACUAAAAGAUGCAGUGAUCAUGCCCAGAAACUAUUGAAGACAUUUCAGGUGAAUGUCCAUGAAGAUGAAGCCAACAUUCACCCGCCACAUAUGUGCCACCGAUGCUACUGUUUUCUAUUCCAUUCAAAAACCAGAACUGCUGUUCAUUGGCCAAAGCAUCGAAGGACAGGCAGUUGCUUCGUGUGCACACAAUUCAUGCAACAGUCAAAACCUGGACGGAAAAAGAAAUGUCAGACCAGGACAGGACGACCAAGAGCACCACCAGCAUAUUCCGAUCAUUUCAACAAUCUACGUCCUGGCCCAACAAUUGACAAGGGUAACAUCCACCAAUUUACAGCAUUGUCAAACACAGCUGAUGUAAAAUGCAGACUUUGCAACCAGUUGCUUGACAAUGCUGUGGAGACACCAUGUAUGCAUUUAUUUUGUUGCGAGUGCUUGAUUGUACACUUUAAAGAUGCUGGUCAGUCUAUUCCCUGCCCAACCUGUCAAGCACCAGUACACUACAGGAAUGUCACUUCACCAAGGGAGUACUUUGCGUCCUUAUAUUCGUCAUUGGCAAUGCAGUGCACUGUAUGCAAUAUACUUGUUACUCUGGGAGAUGUGAAGUUACAUAUUUGUAGAGGUGUCCCACGUCCAAGUUUACGACAUGUAGAUCAGCCUGUCUCAAUGCACGAUCAUAGAUACGCAUCUCAACUACCCAAUGAUGCAAUCAGCACCGUAGAUCAGUCAAUCUUAACUCAUGACCAUGGCUAUGCAACAACAGCCAAACCACCUAGUGAUGUGGUUCGCAUCUUACAUCGCCCCUUGACUGCUCCAGUGACCCCCCAGAUGGAAGAAUUAGGCACACACAUCUUGAAGACCAAGUUGGCCCAAACUGAAGAUAGAUUCCUAGUCAAGUAUAAGACUGGUGGCCUGCCUCUUACCCUCGUUUGUAUUCCCCAGGCUCGGAAGAGUAGUAAAGAUGCUGCCUCUUUGUCUGUCCGAAACCGUUCUAAAAUUCUCGAUAAAAUUCGGGGACUUCUCAGUAUGGAUGCCAAAGAGUUGCAACAACAGGAUGAGCUGAAACUUUCGAGCAUGAAGGAUGAGUUGGAGAGCAUCUUGAAAGACUUAAAGCUGAACUCUAUCAGGAUUCCAGCCAUGAAGCUCCUUGCUGUCAAGACACACCUGGGAAUCUCUUGGACACGUAUUAGAGAAUUAAAGAAAUGGUUAAAAGGAUAUAACAUCUUAACUGAAGGUGAGAAUGUUUUGCGUCGACAACAAAAUGAAGUUAUUGCUGAUAACCUCAUUACCGACAGCUUACCUCUGUCAUUCCGUGAUGAAAUCGACGGAGGAGUUGUCAUUCAGCAAGCCCCAUAUGUUGGUGUGAAGUGUCUUGUCGCCAAGAUCAAACAACAACUGGAUCAAUAUCAAAAGUAUCAAGAGCUGACAUGGCACGAAGGCACCAUUCCACAUGAUGAGAUUUGGGUGAAAAUUGGAGGUGAUAAAGGAGGUGGUACAUUCAAACAAAUGAUCCAAAUUGGUAAUGUCAAGCAUCCCAACUCCCUGCGUCACACCAUCAUAAUGAGUGUCUUUGCUGGAGAAGACACCAGAGAUAACCUCAAAACUGGACUACAGCGCUUCCGUCUGCAAGUUCCUGAACUUCAGUCAAGCUCUUGGCAGGGCUGUAAGUUUAGACUUUUCAUGUUCGGAGACUAUGAGUAUAUCUGCAGAGUCUAUGGAAUCACUGGAGCAAAUGGACGUCACUGUUGCCUUUACUGUGACAUCACAAAGGAUGGCAUGCGGCUGCCCUUAGCUGAAAGACCAGCAUUGCAACAGAGAUCUCUAGAAACAUUGACCUAUGACCUGCAGAGAUUCAGAGUUCAUGGUGCUCACCUCACUAAAGCAAAAGAGUUCAACAAUGUGAUUGAUGAACCAAUGUUUGCCAUUCCAUUGACACAGGUUUGUCCUCCUGGCCUGCACAUCAGUCUUGGGUUAUACCUCAAACAUUUUAACAGCUUUGAGGGAGCAUGUCAUGAUCUUGACAUGGAGGUUGCAGCAGUGCUUGCUGAAAAGGAUCAUGAAGAGUGGGAUAGCCAGGUACUUGGUUCUCGGUAUCAGACACUCAUCUCUGUGUUGAAGCAAGCUAGGUGCUUAGAACAACAGGCCAGAGCAUUAGAUGAGGAGUUGAAAUUGAUGGAAGAACAACUGACAGAUACCAUCUUGACAUCGGAGGAAGAAAGUACUGAUAUGCAAGAUUACAUCUCUGCAACAACGAAACUUGUGAAGAGGCAAAAGAAGCUGUUUGAGGAGGCCAAUGCCUUGCGUGAUCAAGCAGCACUCAAACCUGGACAAGGACCACUAGCUGGGCAACUUGACAUCACUCUGCAAGAGUUCCGUGUCAAGCGUCAGGCAUUUGAUGGCAAGAGCUUUGUUGGCAAUCAUGUACAUAAAUGUUGCAAGAAAGAAAAUAUCAAGCUCCUAACUGAUGCAUUGGUCAUCAAGACACAGCAAGUGUGUGCUUCCUUAGUUCCAGCUGCUGCAUCCAUUGCUGCCAAGUAUGCCCAACUAUUCCACCUGUUUGGCACCUGUCAUCGAAUGUACAACAGUGCAUCACUAUUAGAUGACUCUGCUAUAGAUGCAUUAGAUCAGGCAAUCAAGGACUAUAUGAACUUCUUCCGUGGAGAAUUUCCAUCUGAAUCAAUUCCACCCAAAAUGCACUUACUGGAAGAUCAUGUAAUGCCAUGGAUUAGACGGUGGGGUUUUGGUCUUGGAUUUCAUGGAGAGCAAGGUGGGGAGUCUGUGCACAGUCACUUCAACUGUCUUCGGCGUGAUGUCCGAGGAAUAAGUGCAGAAGUUGACAUUCUGAAGUCUGUUGUCAAGUCUCAAUGGAUCAUGACUAGUCCUGCUCAUGCACCACCCAUUACCUUUAAAUAGUGACUUUAAUAGAUUAAGUCAUUGAUUUCUUCUCACAUUCAUCGAGGACUGUAUUUGUGUAAACCCCUUCAUGGUUUUGACUUAAUAUGCACGGCUUGAAAAUAACAAGUCUAUUUAGAUGGUGUGAAAGAUUUUCAAUACUUGUGCCUUAUUAUUUCAGUGAUAAUGUCUAACUCAACUAUUUUAAGGAGAUAUCCAAUCAAAACCUGUAAAUUUUGACCCGCGACAUACAUAUUCAUGCCGCCCGCAAAUUACUGUAUAAAACACGUAUGUUCACUCAAAAAUAAAUGUCCAGGUAUUUCAAUCCCAUUUUAAACCAUUUUUCCAGUUUUAUUACAAACAAAUGAAAUAUGCCGCUAU